GGCUAGAUAGUGUAUCUUUUAGUAUUAGAUAUAGAUAAGUGAUAGAGCAAACCAGAUCUUCAUAUAUUUUCACUGACAUUUGUAGUAAAUUUAGAAGGUCUAAGAAUUGUGAUUAAACUUCACACAAGAGCGGAAUCCCAGAUAUGGGAACAUCAAUCUCUCCUACAAAAUCAAUCUUAUCCCCAUUAUUAACGACCUCAAAGAAAUCAUUAAUCACGCCUCCAUUGAAAUGGAACCCAACUCCAAAUCACCCUCACAAAUUUUCUGCUCCCAAGAUGGUUUUUGGAGGUGGAAUUUUUGAUAGAGGAAGCAACUUCAUACCCAAUUUAUCCUCUCCUUUUCAAAGUGUUGAUAAGAAAAAUGGGAAAAUUAUGGUGGAUACUUGCUUAGUGAUUCCUCCUCCGAAUUUCAGGAAGCCCCGUGCCAUUAUUAAGUUUCUUGGAGGUGCUUUUAUCGGGAAGGUUUCUCAUGUCACUUACAGUUAUCUAAUUGAGCAAUUGGCAAAGGAAGGAUAUCUCGUGGUGUUGGUUCCUUAUAAUGUGACAUUCAAUCAUGAAGAUACUGCUAGGCAGGUUUAUGAGAGGUUUAACACUUGCUUGGAUACCCUUCUCACUACUGGAUUGUCUGAGGCAAAACUUGAUGCCUCCGAGCUUGUUGACCUUCCCGUUUUCUCUGUUGGUCAUAGUAAUGGAGCCCUAUUGCAGGUGCUGACAGCGAGCUACUUCUUUGACAGAUUGCCGAAGGCUAAUGCAGUAGUUUCAUUCAACAACCGGCCAGCAACAGAGGCAGUGCCAUACUUUGAACAGUUGGGCCCUUUACUUAGUCAGGUUAUGCCAAUGGUGGAAACAACACCAGUGUAUUCAAUGGCUACCAGUGCAACAGGAGAUGCAUGGAAGGCGCUAGUAGAUGGAGCUGAAGCUGUGAUGUCACAAAAUGACCCCGAGUUGUAUUCGUCUGUUACUCAAUUUGUUGAUCAAUUGCCUUCGGUGCUGAAUGAGGUUAGACAAGGAGUGUCUGAGUUCAGGCCAACGCCUGCAGAAAAUCGUGAACGCUGCAAAUGCUCAUACAAUGUUCCUCACACACUUCUGGUAAAAUUCAGCUUUGAUGCAAUUGAUGAAACAGAUCUCCUUGAUGAGACGCUGAGACCCCGUAUUAGCUCCAUCGGUGGAACACUUGAAAAGGUCCAAUUAAGUGGUAACCACCUUACACCAUGCAUACAGGAUCCAAAAUGGCAAGUGGGUGAGCUUUACACGCCGGUGGAUGCUAUUGCUCAAGGCCUGAAAACUGCUUCAUUGAAUGACACCAAAGUUCUCGCUCAGACCAUCAGCAAUUGGUUCAGACGUUUCGAAGAAUAAGUUGUUUUUUCCAGGCUUGAAGUGGUUGAUACCAUGCAUUGUUUAACUGUCACUUAUAUGAAGGUAAAACAUGUCUUUUAGCAGUAUGAUAUCGACUUAAAUGGCUGAGUGUCAUUGAUGGACUUUGUUGCAUUUGAUAUACUAAUGCUGUAUAUAUUGGAAGAAUAGAGAACCUUGCUUGUAAUCUAGUAUGCUUAAUUAUAAUGGUAAAUAUGUAAGUGCAAGUGCUUACCGAGCAGCCUUUCUCGACUA